AUGGAAAUGGAUGAAAAUCAAACCAAAAACCCAUCCUUUUUCCUCCAAUUCUUAGCCAAAUUCCAUGCAGGCUACUUCAGAAUCAGCAUGUCCCUUUGUGGCCAAGCCUUGUUAUGGAAGAUCCUCAAACAACCAAUCCAAAGCCAAAAUUCACUUAGAAAGAUCCUUCAAUUGCUACCCAAUUCAGCUUUCUUGGUGUUAUGGUCAUUAACUCUCUUAAUUUUGGUAUCCCUUUCUUUAAUUUACAUUCUAAGAUGCUUUUUCCAUUUCAAAUUAGUGAAAUUUGAGUUCUUGCAUAGAGUGGGAGUAAAUUACCUUUUUGCCCCUUGGAUUUCUUGGCUUCUUUUGCUUCAAUCCUCACCAUUUAAGUCAUUUCCUUACGAAAUUCUCAUGUGGGUGUUUUUAGUUCCAAUUGUUAUAUUGGAUGUCAAAAUCUAUGGCCAAUGGUUCAUAAAAGGAAAGAGAUUUUUAUCCACCGUUGCUAAUCCAACCAGCCAGCUUUCUGUCAUCGGAAACUUGGCCGGAGCUCGGACGUUGGCCGUGAUGGGGUGGCGGGAGACAUCAUUAUGCAUGUUUUCUCUCGGAAUGUCACAUUAUUUAGUGCUUUUUGUGACACUUUACCAAAGGUUAGCCGGAAGUAAUAGCUUGCCAGCCAUUUUACGGCCGGUGUUCUUCUUGUUCUUCGCUGUUCCAAGCAUGGCGAGCUUGGCUUGGAGCUCAAUCACUAAAAGAUUCGAUACAUUUUCAAAGAUUUUGUUUUUUGUUUCGGUUUUUUUGUUUGUGUCUCUUGUUUCAAGGCCAAUGCUUUUUAGAAAAUGUAUGAGGAAAUUCACUGUGGCGUGGUGGUCUUAUUCUUUUCCUCUUUCAUUGCUUGCUUUGGCUUGUAAUGAAUAUGCUAAAGAAGUUGGAGUUGAAGCUGCUCAUGUUUGUGCUCUUCUUCUCGCUCUUCUCUCCCUUUUCGUGUCUCUCUUUUUGUUGAUUCUUACCGUUUUGAGAACGAAUUCGAUGAUUCCGAUGAGCUCGCCCGAGAUUAGUUCCGAUAGUAGCGGUGCUGAGCCAUGA